CGGAUUUGAUUCUCUUGGUCGUAAGAAAAAAAACGUGUAAAACUUUAAAGGUCUUACUUUAUACUGGAAGCAGUCAAAUGAGGCCGGCCUGAAAGAUCUCGUCAACUUCCGAUCACCAAUUCGCGUUGAAACUUCUUUCCAACAAUAUUAAUCUGUUUAACGUUGAAAAACAUCAGUAAACAACAACAUUAAUCAAUCAUUCGCACACUUGUCAAUCAGUAGCCGUUACCCCAACUUCAUGUUUGAAACGCAACUCAUGAUGCCUGUCAAUAUAUACAUCAACCAACCCCUCUCUACAAUUUCAUCUUCAAACCAUGAACUCAACCCAAUUCUACUUAUUAUUCACAACACUUUCAUUAACAUCCGCUACAACUUCAUUCGCAAUUUACGCCCGACCCGGAUGCGACGACACAUGCGGCAACGUCCAGAUUCCAUACCCGUUUGGAAUCGGGUCGGGUUGUUACUUCAACCCAUGGUAUGCUGUUGAUUGCAACUCAUCAACACCGUAUCUUUCAUCAAUAAACAACCUGCAAAUCUUGACUUUAAACUUGGAGAACCAAACAGUAACAGUUAAUGUUUCAAUGACUUCUGAUUGUCAAACCCCAGUUCGAAACAGCAGCCAGAUCCUGACCGUUGACUUAGGUCGGACCCCUUUCUUGUUUUCGCAAGAACAUAAUAAGUUUACGGUUGAGGGGUGUGGGAAUGCUGUUAUUUUGGAGCAGGAUAACUUGCUCACAGGGUGUUCGACGAUAUGUCAGAACAUAAACACUACCAACAGAAACAAUUGUUAUGGGAUUAACUGCUGUCAAACGACGAUUCCUUAUUAUUUGGAGACUUAUAGUGUGAAUAUCUCGGGUUUGGAAAGUCGGGGACCGGAUGGAGCUUGUGGGUCUGCUUUUUUAGUGGACGAAAGAUCGUAUUCGGUUGGGAGGUUUUUGGUGGGUAACACGUUUGUUCCGAUUUCACUUAAGUGGACGCUGACGGAACAGGAAGUUAGGGGGACAGGGUGUUCUAAUGUGGGAAGACAGCAGCUUGAUUUGGGUAAUGGGACUACUAUUGAAUCUUAUAAAUGUAGUUGUUCGCCUGUUGAAAGAGGAAGCGCGUAUUUGGUUGAUGGAUGCGAAGUUGUUAGAGAAUGUGCCAAUUGUACUAACGGUGAAUGUCAAGUAAACGGGUCGGGGAAUAUCACUUGCAUUCCUUAUCCUUUCUCGCAGGCUCGAAGCAAAUCAUCGACUCUUGGAGUUGUUCUAGGUGUUAGCAUAAGUGUGGGGGUACUAAUUCUUACAGCAACAAUCUUUGCACUAUACAAAGUAAUCGAAAAAACUAAAGACAAAAGGCGAAGAGAACGGUUUUUCAAACGGAACGGAGGUAUACUAUUAAAACAACAAGAAUCGGCUGAUGAAAGUUUAGUUGAUAAAACCACACUUUUUACUGCAAAAGAGUUGGAAAAAGCAACCGAUUAUUACAAUGAAAAUAGAAUACUUGGCAAAGGAGGUCAAGGUACAGUCUACAAAGGUAUGUUAACUGACGGAAGAAUCGUAGCAGUUAAGAAAUCAAAAAUAGUCGAUGAAAGUCAACUGGAGCAGUUCAUUAACGAGGUUGUGAUUCUUUCACAAGUCAACCAUAGGAACGUGGUCAAACUUCUGGGAUGUUGUUUAGAAACCGAGGUUCCUCUUUUAGUUUCUGAGUUCAUCCCAAACGGGACAUUGUUUGAGCAUAUUCAUGGUAACAAUGACGAAUUCCCGCUCACUUUAAACACACGGUUACGUAUUGCUACAGAAAUAGCAGGAGCACUUGCUUAUUUGCAUUCCGCAACUUCAAUUCCUAUAUAUCAUAGGGACAUUAAGUCAACUAACAUACUUUUAGAUGACAAAAACCGAGCCAAAGUUGCUGACUUUGGAACUUCAAGAUUUGUGUCGAUUGAACAAACCCAUUUGACCACUUUAGUCAAAGGGACAUUCGGGUAUCUAGACCCUGAAUAUUUCCAAUCAAGCCAGUUUACCGAAAAGAGUGAUGUUUACAGCUUUGGAGUCGUUUUAGUUGAACUUUUAACCGGUGAGAGACCGAUAUCUUUAACUAGACUUGGAGAACAUAGAAGUUUGGCUACACAUUUUAUGUUGGCUAUGGAAGAAGGUCAGGUGAUGUCGAUUAUUGAUUUGAGGAUUGUGAACGAUGGUUCUCGAGGCGAGCUUAUGGCGGUAGCAAACCUUGCGAAGCAGUGUUUGAACUUGACUGGCAAGAAUAGGCCGACAAUGAAAGAAGUUGCAUCGGAGUUGGAAAGUAUCAGGAUGGCUCAUGUACCCGCUACGGGUCGAACCGAUGUUACAAAUUCUAAGUACAACGCUGGACAGCAAGAAGAAUUGAUCAUGUUAUGAUUUGUUUAUUAUUUAUUGUUCUAUUUUUUGUAGAUUUUGGUUAUAAGUAAUAUAGAAGUAUAGAUGUUAUCAUGUAUUGAUCUGAUUGCUUAUUUGUUGUAA